AUGGAGGCACCAGCUGCUGUGGAGGACAUUCCUGCAGACGCAGGCGCAGAGGCGGCUGAGGAUCAGCCUCAGGGAUUUCCGGGUGGUCCGAGCGACCCAUCUGUGCCGACAGCGUAUGCGGAUCACGUUGCUUGCAGCGAGCGUCCUGAAUUGAAGUUAUCCUCGCAUGGGAGGAAGGUCCAUAGUUUAGGCAGGCCUGUCCCUGCCAUUGAGGGACUUAUCGCUGGUACAGGACUAAGUCCUCUGAUCGCGUGUUCGGUAGACAUCGGCGAUCAGGGACUUUUGUCCGCGUUUGUGGAGCGGUGGCAUCGGGAGAUGUCUAAUUUCCAUCUCCCGGUGGGUGAGCUCACCAUCACAUUGGACGACGUCUCCUCUCUUCUCCAUCUUCCUGUUAUAGGCGACUUUCACGCAUUUGAGCCCUUGCACGUGGAUGAUGUGGUUCAGAUGCUUGUGGACUUGUUGAUGGUGUCUCCAGAAUCUGCUAGGGCUGAGACAGUCCAGUGUCGCAGACCGUACGUAUGCCUGCAAUGGGUAUGUGAAGUAUAUCAGCACCGAUGCCAGGCAGGUCAUUGGACAGCUGCGGCUCGUGCAUAUCUUCUUCACCUGCUGGGUUGCACUCUAUUUGCUAACAAGAGUGCAACCAAUGUCCAUGUUGUCUACUUGGAGGCCCUUCGUGACCUCAGUAUGACAGAGAGGUACGCUUGGGGAGUGGCUGCUUUGGUUCAUAUGUACGACCAACUAAACGAUGCAUCCAUGAGCCACAGUCGACAGCUUGACGGUUACAUCACACUGUUGCAGUGCUGGAUUUACGAGCACUUUCCCUCAGUUGCGGAGUCCACCGUUGAUCAGGACUACGACGAGGCUUCUCCGCGUGCGUGCAGGUGGAUUGCGACAAAGAAGACCUUGAAGAGCAUUCGCACGCCGUCAUAUAGGGAGCGCCUGGACCGACUCCGGAUUCCGGAUGUCAGUUGGAUCCCGUAUGGGGAGCAUCAGGAGGUUCGGGACUUCCAUGUCAGAUCAUGCUACUCCGGUCUCUUGCGCUGGGGGCCUGUUGCUGUGUAUUACCGACCGGAGAGGGUCGUGCGGCAGUUUAGUUACACGCAGACCAUUCUUGCUCCUCCUCUCGAUUCAUGGGUCUCGUAUGAUGAUAUACACGACAGGUGGAUGCACUACGAGGAUCAUAUCGUACCUGCAGGUGAGGUGUGCGUGGUGCCAAGGGCGUGUUCCAGUGACUACAUCGACUGGUUCUUCCGCAUCUCCCAUCCUUUCAUGACACUAGGCCACGCAGAAGUUUGUGAUGACAUUGCUGAGCGGUUGGAGCGUCAUCUGAGUCUAGGAGUGGUCACGCCUGGCUCAUCGACACAUGAGGUGAUCGAAGAAUGGCUCAGAUUGGCCAGGAGUGUCACACAGGACCAUCUAGUAUACGUUAGGUGUAGACGCAGGCAGCGCACUGAUCAGGCUUAG